CUCUUCUUUUUUUCUUUUCCAUCGGACUCUUUCAUUCAUUCGAAUUGCCAUCGACUUGAAUAUUUCACACUCGCUAUCCCUCUCUCUUUCUCUCUCUCCCCAAAGGUUUUUAUUCUUUAUCCAUAUAAUACACAUCUCUCCACCAUGAGUAAGGACAUGAAGAACGUCAACAACUGGCACUGGGUUGACAAAAACUGUAUCAACUGGGCCAGAACUUACUUUGAGAAUGAGCUAAGUAACGUUUCGGCAGAGGCGAAUGGUUCAACAGUCAAGACCCUCGCUGUGACAAAUGUGACAGGAGAUGUGGAUGUAAAUCAGCGCAAGGGCAAGAUCAUCACUAUCUUUGACGUUGCUAUUACUAUCACUUUUGAAGGCAAGACUGCUGAUGGAACCGAUGUCAAUGGCAGGAUUGAGAUCCCUGAAGUCGCUCAUGACACCGAUAUUGAAGACUAUGUCUUCGAUGUUACUAUUGAUGCUGAUAGUAAUGCCAAACAACCUAUCAGAGAUUUGAUCCGCAAGGAUCUGGCUCCUCUUCUCCGCAAUAAGCUUGAGAAGUUUGCAGGAGAUCUCAUUCGUGUCCAUGGCAAGGAUGUUCAGGUUGACAGUGAUUUUUCAAAGCCCUCUACUCCUGUGUCAUCGUCAGGUACAUCUACCCCUAUUCCCUCUACUGUCAAAGCCAAUAAUAUCAGCACUACCUUCAGUGGCGCUGCCGCCGUUAAUACUACUACUCUGGAAGAGUCGAUUGAAAUGCAAGCAUCUGCACGGGAUGUUUAUGAUGUGCUCUUAAAUCAAGCCAAGGUUCAGGCAUGGACACGUAGUAACAAGUCAACCAUUGAGCCCAAGGUCGGAGCAAAGUUCAGCUUUUUUGACGGUAAUGUUACAGGCGAGAUCAAAGAACUGGUCCAAGACAAGAAAAUUGUCCAGAACUGGCGUUUGGGCUCCUGGCCUGCAGGCCAUUAUUCCACUGUUACCUUGGACAUUUCGCAGAAUACCGACUCGACAGUGAUCAAGUUCAAGCAGGAGGGCGUCCCUAUUGGAGAGCAGGACAUUACCCGCCAGAAUUGGAGCAACUACUACUGGACCGAGAUUAAGCGCACGUUCGGUUAUGGCGCGACAUUCUGAUCUGAUGUAUUUUAUACGCAGCGGGAGGAGGCAUAAAACAAAUAUAAGCGGCUCGAGCGGAUAUUCAAGCAGAGGCUAUUCAUUCUCAAAUUCUCAAAUUAAUAAACGUAUACGUCUUUCCUAGG